GGCCUAAGGAAUCUACGGAGGAAUUUGGAUCAAGCGACAAAGGGUGCUGAGCGUUAUUUCUUAAAAUCUUCUUUAAAAAAAUGAACUGGAGCUUCAGAAAUAUACAUUUUUUAUACUCUUUUGUGUUUUUAAAGUUCCUAUUAGUUGCAAGUCUGGUAAAAGAAAAAAAAAAUGCUAUUACAUCUCAUUCCUUUCCUGUCACUCAGUCACUGCGUUGUGCUUCAAGUACUUCCCUUUUAUAGAGUGAACUUGUGAUCAACUUCAGAAUUCAAAAUCGUGUGCUGCCUGCUGUGCAGACACAUUUAUAUCAUGCAGUAGUUAGUAAUGCAUGGUUAGAACCCAUACAAGGCUGUACCAGACUCCUCCGAGAGGCAGAACAUUGGGUUUCCAAAAUAGAUAUUUGUAGGUCUGCAAUGCAAGGACAAAAUAUCCAAAUUUAAACUGAGUGAAGCUCCCUCUGGAAAAGCCCAGAAAAAUGAAAGACUUGAUAAAAAAAUGAAAAGCCCUCCAACUAAUUUCCUCCAUAGACCCUCUGUCCUAAAUAGCACACAGUGCCUCUUUGUCUCACAUUCAUUAUCAUACCCACAUGCCGCGCGCAAUCCUGCCAAAAUUCUUGCUUACUUUACUGCGCACAUUCCUUAUCAACAUUCCUCAAGAAUACACCUCCUAAUCCGUCACUCUUCCUAAAUAACCGCCACCGUGUGAUGACUUCUUUACAAUUCCGCACACAAUUUCCGACUUACUUUUCACUCUCAAUACGGCACAUUCGUAAAUCCUCUAUUUCACUUUCUGUAGCAUGUCUGCAUAUUAUGUGACCAUUCAAAUUAAACGCUAUUGCCAAUGCACAGAAAUUCCUAGAAUUAUUGGGGAAUUUUUAGCAGCCAUCAAAUGGGCACCUUUUCUUUUUCUUCCCGUUUGCCUUCUCCAUCUCCUAACAUUGCUCUUUCCUGUCAUAGCGAGGGACUUAACGCUGUCUGUGUUUGUUGGUACUAUCCAUGCACCAUUCGCUUUGACUGAACAUUGUGGUGACAUUUGUUUUUCCCCUCAGUGACUUACCAGAGCAGACAGCGCCCAACAGCAGCCAUCACUGAAAUAUCCCUGACAUCUCCCAUUUAGACACCUCAUCUUCUAUCAGGUUUAAUUGGUAUCCCAGCUGCAGCUCUGGACCCUUCAGGAGCUCCAAAGAGGAAGACAGAUGAGACCACAGAGUCUACUGGAGAAUGCUGUCUGGCCCUCAACCUCACCAUGGCGCUCUAGGAACACCGUUAACUUGCCCCCUUCCACCAAUCCUCUUUUUGCCUUUGUCAUCCCCCAUAUCCCACUGAGUUUGUGAUCCCUCUCUGCUCCCAGCUGAAGUCCCUUUGAUAUGAGUACAAGAGCUUUUAUUUUGGACAUGUUGUUUUUUCCAUUCAGCGCUGCCAGCCACCAGGGCUAUGGCGGGAAGCGUCACUAUUCUACUCAGCAGGUCGCCAAUCACUGUCUGGUGUGGCUCUUGGGACUAGUGCUGCACCUGACGCUUUCCUCGUGUCAACGAGUUGACCUGAAACACCCCAUAGUAUCCACGAGUUACGGAAAGGUCCGUGGUAUCAGGAAAGAGCUCAACAAUGAAAUCUUGGGCCCAGUGGAACAGUAUUUAGGUGUGCCAUAUGCCACCGCACCUAUUGGCGAGAGGCGCUUCCAGCCUCCUGAAGCCCCAGGUUCCUGGCAAGAGAUUCGCAAUGCCACUCAUUUUGCGCCUGUGUGUCCCCAGAAUGUGCACGGGGUGCUUCCUGAGAUCAUGUUACCAGUAUGGUUCACAGACAACCUGGAUGCUGCAGCCACCUAUGUUCAGAACCAGAGUGAGGACUGCCUUUACCUCAACAUUUAUGUCCCCACUGAAGAUGGUCCGCUCACAAAAAAACACGAUGAGUCUUCAAUGAACAGACCCAGGGAUGAAGAUAUUCGGGAUCGCCGUAAGAAGCCUGUGAUGCUCUUCAUCCAUGGAGGCUCCUACAUGGAGGGCUCAGGGAACAUGUUUGAUGGUAGUGUCCUUGCUGCCUAUGGAAAUGUCAUCGUGGUCACUAUGAACUAUCGGCUUGGCGUGCUCGGGUUUCUGUGCACCGGGGAUCAGUCUGCUAAGGGGAACUAUGGCUUGUUGGACCAGAUCCAGGCCUUGCGUUGGCUCAAUGAAAACAUCGGCCACUUUGGAGGAGACCCAGAGAGAAUCACAAUCUUUGGCUCUGGAGCUGGUGCCGCCUGUGUGAACCUUCUCAUCCUCUCCCACCACUCCGAGGGGCUGUUCCAGAGGGCCAUCGCUCAGAGUGGCUCAGCCAUCUCCAGUUGGUCGGUGAACUACAGACCGCAGAUUUACACCAAGAUCCUGGCCAAGAAGGUUGGCUGCACCACAGGGGACAAUGCAGAGUUGGUGGACUGUCUGCGUAGGAAGAAUUUCAGGGAGCUGGUGGACCAAGACAUCCAGCCUGCCCGAUACCACAUCGCCUUUGGUCCUGUGGUAGAUGGGGACGUGGUACCUGAUGACCCUGAGAUCCUCAUGCAGCAGGGCGAGUUCCUCAACUACGACAUACUGCUGGGUGUCAACCAGGGAGAGGGCCUGAAGUUUGUGGAUGACAGUGAAGGAGAAGAUGGAAUAUCAGCUGCCUCAUUUGACUAUACUAUCUCCAACUUUGUGGACAAUCUGUAUGGAUACCCUGAUGGUAAAGAUAUCCUCAGGGAAACCAUAAAGUUCAUGUACACAGACUGGGCUGACAGAGACAACAGCGACAUGCGCAGGAAGACCCUCCUGGCUCUGUUCACAGACCACCAGUGGGUGGCCCCAGCUGUCGCCACUGCCAAACUCCACGCUGAGUUCCAGUCACCCGUCUACUUCUAUACCUUCCACCACCACUGUCAGACCGAGGCGAGACCAGACUGGGCAGAUGCUGCCCAUGGAGAUGAGAUCCCCUAUGUGUUUGGGAUUCCCAUGGUGGGGGCCACUGACUUGUUUCCUUGUAACUUCUCCAAGAAUGACGUAAUGCUCAGUGCUGUUGUGAUGACAUAUUGGACCAACUUUGCCAAGUCAGGAGACCCUAACCUACCAGUUCCUCAGGACACCACGUUCAUCCACACUAAGCCUAACCGAUUUGAGGAGGUCAUCUGGACCAAGUUCAGCUCCAAGGACAAGCAGUACUUGCAUAUUGGCCUGAAGCCCCGUGUCAGAGAUAACUACCGCGCUAACAAGGUGGCUUUUUGGCUGGAGCUGGUACCGCACCUCCACAGCCUUCACGAGGAAAUCAUUAACUCCAUCACCACCCGUCUGCCACCUGGAGGCACCAGCCGCUGGAAGGUCCCUCAUUCUGGCACUCGCUCAACACGGCACCCUGUGGUCUCUACCUACCCACCGGAUCCUGACCCUGACAGUUCAGAGAGGCCCCGCUAUCCUCCCUUCCCCAGCGAGACGAGGGACUACUCCACCGAGCUGAGCGUAACGGUAGCUGUCGGCGCCUCGCUUCUUUUCUUGAACGUGCUGGCCUUUGCCGCACUUUACUAUAAGCGGGACAAGCGCCAUGAACUCAUGCAAAGACGCCACCGCCGACUCUCCCCGCAACGCGGCACGACAAUGGGCAUGGGUGUUGGCAUGGGAGUCGUAGGGGCCCCACCGCACAACGACCUAGCGCUGAGUCAGGAGGAGGAGCUAAUGUCACUGCAGAUGAAACAGCAGAGGGUGGAGCUAGAGCACGGGACCCCCUUACCGUCCCGCGGUGUCCACGGCGACCUGGAACCGCUGCGGCCUCCCGUGUGCCCACCUGACUACACGCUGGCCCUGCGGCGAGCGCCCGAAGAUGUGCCACUGAUGACAGCUAACACCAUUACCAUGAUCCCCAGCACCAUUAGCAGCAUGCAGCCCCUUCACCCCUUCAACACUUAUCCCCCUGUCCCAGCCCCGUCUACUACACCCGUCCCCAGCCACAGCAACAAUGCCCUGCCACACCAACACUCCACCACCCGUGUAUAGGACCAGGCACAAGCUCUGCUACCCCACUCUGGGCUUACAGAGAUGCACCACACAAACUGCUCCAUCCAAACUCCACCUUCUCUUCUUCUUUACUCUACUUUUCUCUUUUCUCAUUAAGCCCUCAACUAAAGCUGCAGUUUGUAAGAUACGAAGCAGUGAAAUACCUCUAAACUGUAACCGUAACUCAAGGUGGGGGGGACUUGAUUAAGAAAGGUCCUUUGCCAAAACACCGUCAUACUAGAUGCAUACCGCUUUUCCCCGUCAAUGCGCUUUCAACAUCUGGUGCUUUGGAGAGCCACCAAACACGCAGCUUUAAGCUUGUAGCUCUCGCAGAGGGUUCUCAGGCUCAUCAACAAUCAGUCAGACAUGUAUUGUGGUAGCUCGGUUGUUUUGCGCAUGUGUUGUUGUGUCAGUGUAAAAACUAUGUUUAACGCCCAAUGCAAAUAUUCAUUUUCACUCAUUUAGCGAAAAAGACAAAACAGUAGCGAGCAGCUUUGUUUGAGGCAACAUAUGUCCCGACAAGCUGCCUGUCAUGAAGCGCUGAUUCCCUGAAACUUACAAAUUGCAGCUUUAAAGGCCCAAUCUGGAAGUGAAAUUUGGCACCCUGUGUUUAGCACUCUGUCCCAACAGCUGUCCCUCCAUUGUGAUUUUUGGGGAUUAUUGUUUAGCGUGAAAUGUAUUUGACGGGCCUAGAGGGAAAUGGGGUGGAAUCCACUGGAUAGAGAAUCAUGACUUUUUAAUUUUAAAAUGCGAUUUUAUUAAUUAGACAUAUAUUUACUGGUUUGUUUGUUUGGGUUUUUUCUUUUUUUCUUUGGUUGUGAUGCUAACUGAAUAACAUUAAGCAUCCCAUGGAGAUUAAGUUGCUCACGCUUAAAAAGAAAACCCAACCAAAAACAAAAGUGCAUACUCACCACUGCUGCUUUCAAAACAUUUCCAGAUUGAGGCCUCAACUGUGGGGCGGUACAGGAAAUUACUGAAUCCCACUCACUUUGUGGGAUGCAACCUGGAAUCCAGGCUGCCCAUUAGAAGUCGCUGCAUUUCAGCCACACACGCUCUAAUCACAUCCAUUACAUUAUUUAUCUUCAUACCCACAAUCUCUUUUGUCUGUGUUUCCACUUCAGCUCAUUUAACCGCUUCUCUUGUUCUCGCUCUGCAUCUGCCCUUGUAGCUCUUUUUAUUAAAACCAUCGACAUAAUCCAUCUCCAUUCCUUUCCUCUUUCUCGCAAUCACUCCUAGACUCUCUUUUUCCUUUUGGAGUCUUUUAUACAAAAACACAAGUGUAAAUGAUGUAUUAUUAAUAAAUUGUAAGGAUAUGAAUGAAAAAAAAAAAGAUAUUCUGAUAUCUCGUUUUUACCAGCAUUCUUGGUGCCAAGUACUGUGAUAAAGUUCCUCUUUUACUGGCGUCCAGUGGACCGCCUGGAGAGGUCCACCCUGACUGUAUCUUACAAAAGGAAUUACCAUAAAAAAAAGUGCCAACCCCUUCAUCUUUAGUUUUGAACCACACACUUUUUUUUUUUUUUACUUUUUUUUUUUUUAUUAUUCCACUCAAUGUUGCACUGUGGCUGGUCUCUUCUUUAAAGGGAAAUCAGAUUCAAUAUAUCCUCUUUUUCUUUUCUUUUUCUUUUUUUAAAGGAGUUUUAUUAACAACUUUAAUGUGUGGGAUAUUUGUUGCAUGUUUGGAUUUUUUUCUGGGUUUUUUUCUAGAAGUUAGCUUGCCAUUUUGAUGAUUUGCCAUUCAUUUUAUUUUGAAAAUCUUUUCUUUUUUCUUUUUAAUAUCCCGUUUCAAUAUCAGCUGCACUUUGUGGUACUUCAGAAAGUAUUAAAGUAUUAAGAGAUGAAUAUUGUGUAAAACUAUGAUUAUAACAAAGAGAGUAAAUAUUUCCUCUUUAUUUUUUUCAUUCCCUAACACACCGAGGCUGUGCUGCAAAAACUACAGGAAAGACUGAUGAAAGCCUUUUUAACCCCCCCCCCCCCCUUUUUUUUCCUUUUUUGUUUUUUUGCUUUUUGCUGUUUCUCUUUAUCUUUUGCAAUGUCGAGCUUGCACAGUCACUGUCUCUCAAUCAACCUGAAGAUAGCACUUUUUUUUAAAGUUAGGGAAAAAAAGAAAUGACUACUUUACACAAAGGGUCUAAAUAAGGUUUUUGUCUGUGACUGGACAUUAACCUCCUGCUUCAAAGUGUUUGAGGACUGCCCGACAGUUAUCUUUUUUCCGUCUGCUCUUUUGUUGUCCCAUGUUUCUGGCUUUUGCAAAAGGCAGGAGAAAGGAUGAGAUGUAUUUAUGGUCAAAAAAAAAAGGUGAGAGAGCCUUGUAUGCGCGUUUCACAUCUUUCGCACAAUCCAACACGGACACGGGUCACACUCUGGACAAUGAGGAGGAGGGGGAAAAAAACAAAACAAAAAAAACAAAGCAAACUAAACAGAAACGGUGACAUUAGGACAAACGCUGGACAAACACGGUGCCGAUGACAAAAAUAGCGACAGUACGAUCCGUCAGUGCGCAGAGGAUAUAUUCUGAAAACCCAGUUUAACAGACAUUACUCACACAACAUAAACCGUGAUCGCAAGGUGAGCGGGAUCCCCCGUCCUCUUCCUCUCUUGUCCCCCUCCUUCCUUGUGAUGUCCCGUCUGCUUAGGAUAACCACACUCUGGAGCCAGACUGCCAUCCCUCACGCUGGACUGGAGCAAGCUGCGAGGACAAAAGAACAACAACAACAACAACAAAAGAACCAAAAAAAAAAAAAAAAAAAAGGAAAAAAAAGAACCCAACAA